AUGUCGUCUGACAACGCGGUGCAGCCCCCCGUGGCGGUCAAGAAGCCACACCGGGUCACCUUCGGCUACGUGGAGGGCGAGGACCGCGGGCCGAACCCGAUGAACCCGCCCCGCUACCACGACGACCCCUACUUCUGGAUGCGCGAUGACGACCGCAAGAGCGCCGAGGUAAUCGAGCACCUGACGAAGGAGAAGGCGUACUUCGAGGCGCGCAGCGCGGACAUCCAGUCCCUGCGCGACGAGAUCUACGCCGAGCACAUCUCUCACAUCAAAGAGGACGACACCUCCGCCGCCUACGUGCACGGCCCGUACCGGUACUACACGCGUGAGGUGAAGGGCAAGUCCUAUAAGAUCUACUGCCGUGUGCCGAAGGAUAAGGAGGCCGGCGACGACGCCGCGGAGCAGGUGAUCAUCGACGUGAAUCAAGUGGCGGAGGGCAAGGCCUUCUGUGAUGUGAUGGAAGUGGAGCCGGCGCCGCCGGAGCACGACCUGGUGGCCUACUCGGUGGACCUGAGCGGCAACGAGGUGUACACGAUCGAGUUCAAAAAGGUGUCGAACGAGGCGGAGAAGGUGCCCGACGUGGUGACCGGCACGAACGGCGACAUCGUGUGGGGCAAGGACCACACCAGCCUCUUCUACCUCACCAAGGACGACACGCUGCGCGACAACAAGGUGUGGCGCCACGUGAUGGGGCAGCCGCAGUCCGCCGACGUCUGCCUCUACGAGGAGCCCAACCCGCUUUUCUCCGCUUUCAUGUACAAGGCCGCCGACAGCAACACCCUCUGCAUCGGAUCCCUUUCGUCCGAGACGACGGAGCUGCACCUGCUGGACCUGCGGAAGGGCAACGCGUACAACACACUCGAGACGGUGCGCCCGCGCGAGAAGGGCGUCCGCUACGACGUCCAAAUGCACGGCACCGCGCAGCUGCUCAUCCUGACAAACGAGGGCGGCGCGGUGAACCACAAGCUGAUCAUCGCCUCGCGCGAGCGGCCGGGGGACUGGUCCAGCGUGCUCGUCGAGCACAGCGAGGACGUCUUUAUGGAGAACACUGUGGUGCGGGCGCGUUACCUCGUUGUGGCCGGCCGUCGUGCGGGGCUCACACGGAUCUGGACCAUGACGGUCGACCCGCAGGACGGCGUCUUCAAGGCGGGCACGGGCCUGCGCGAGGUGGAGAUGGACGAGCCGAUCUUCACGGUGCACCUGGUGGAGUCGCAGAUGGCGGAGUACGAGGCACCGACCUUCCGCAUGGAGUACUCCUCCCUCGCGACGCCCAACACGUGGUUCGAUGUGCAGCCGGGGGACCACUCCCGUGUCGCGGUGAAGGUGCGCGAGGUCGGCGGCGGCUUCGACGCGGGCAGCUACACGGUGGAGCGGCGCUUCGCCACGGCGCCGGACCGGACGAAAAUCCCGCUCUCCAUUGUGUACCACAAGGACCUGGAUCUGAGCCAGCCGCAGCCCUGCAUGCUGUACGGUUACGGCAGCUACGGCCUGUGCAUGGACCCCCAGUUCAACAUCAAGCACCUGCCCUACUGCGACCGCGGCAUGAUCUACGCCGUGGCACACAUCCGCGGCGGCAGCGAGAUGGGGCGUGCGUGGUACGAGAUCGGUGCGAAGUACCUCACGAAGCGCAACACCUUCUCUGACUUUAUUGCCGCGGCGGAGUACCUGGUGGAGUCGAAGAUGACGACGCCGGCGCAGCUCGCGUGCGAGGGCCGCAGCGCUGGUGGCUUGCUGAUGGGCGCGGUGCUGAACAUGCGUCCUGACCUCUUCAAGGCUGCCCUGGCCGGCGUGCCGUUCGUCGACGUCAUGACGACCAUGAGCGACCCCAGCAUCCCGCUGACCACCGGGGAGUGGGAGGAAUGGGGGAACCCGAACGAGUACAGGUUCUACGACUACAUGCUCAGCUACAGCCCGCUGGACAACGUGCGGGCGCAGGAGUACCCCAACAUUAUGAUCCAGUCCGGCCUGCACGACCCCCGCGUGGCCUAUUGGGAGCCGGCCAAGUGGGUCAGCAAGCUGCGGGAGUACAAGACGGACAGCAACGAAAUCUUGCUGAACACGGACAUGGAGAGCGGCCACUUCUCCGCGAAGGACCGGUACAAGUUCUGGAAGGAGUCGGCCAUCCAGCAGGCUUUCGUGUGCAAGCACCUGAAGAGUACGGUGCGCAUGCUGGCUCGCAAGUGA